AUGAAGCCGCAGGAGGCGGAGGAUGAGAAGGCCGGCGGUGGCACAGUUCAAGGCCAGCAAAAUGAUGGCCCAGCAGCCGCCGAUUCUCCCACCCUCGGAGCUGCCAAGACGGAAGGUGACGAUGCGAAGAAGGAUGAUGCUCCCAAAGAUGGCUUCGGACAGCUUAUGCAAGUUUUGACCUUUAGUUCACCUGCCGAUAGAGCAAUCCAAGUCGUGUGUCUUGUUGCGGCCAUCUGCAGCGGAGCUGCUUUGCCAUUGAUGGCUUUGGUUCUGGGUAGACUCACCGCCGGCUUCACCUCGUUUGGCGCCGAAGGCAGCGACACGCCCAAAGACGCCUUCAUGACCAGCGUGCAAACCAACGCAUUGUACUUUAUCUAUCUGUUCAUCGGCAAAUUUGUGCUCGUUUAUAUCUGGAGCUUUGGAUUUACAUUCACGGCCAAUCGUACAGUGCAAGCCCUGCGUCUCACGUGUCUGGACAAAAUCCUCAACCGCAGCAUUGCUGAACACGAUGGCGAGACCCCCGGUAGCCUGUCCAACGCCAUCACAACGCACUGCAACUCGAUCCAAACCGCACUAUCCGACAGAAUUGGCAUCAUGAUCCAAUCCUUCGCAAUGCUUAUUGCUUCUUUUGCUGUCGCCUUUUCCCAAUCCUGGCAGUUGACGCUCGUCAUGUUUGGCUUGGUCUUGAUCACAAUCGCUUUAAUCGGUGGCAUUGUUGGCAGCGAUCAGAAAAUCGAGGCAGGACUUCUCAAAGAAUACGCGGAAUGCAGUGCUAUCGCCGAAGAUGCACUUGGGAGCAUCAAAACUGUCGUUGCCUUUGGAGCAGCAAACAAGUUCCUCGCUAAAUAUCAAAACAUCUUAGUCAGGGCCGAGAAACAGGGCAAGAAACGAGGACCAUUGGUUGGUCUCAUGUUUGCCUGUCAGUUCUUCUUUAUGUUUGUCGGCUGGGCUAUUGGUUUCUAUCUUGGAGCAUACCUUUACGUCCGCGGUUCGAUUUCUGAUGCGGGUAGAAUUCUUGCCGUCUUCUUCGCCAUGUUGAUUGGUCUCGGAGCUAUGAUGGCCCUGGGUCCAAACAUGCCGAGCUUUAUCAAGGCUAUUGCCGGAGCAGGCAUUGUCUUCCGAUUGCUUGGAGAUGACGGAGCAAAACGUCUUGACAAGGCAUCCAUCAAAGAAGAAGUGGAAGGGCCUACGUGCAACGGCCGCAUCGAAUUACGCGACGUCUCCUUUACCUACGAUUCUCGCCCAGAUCGUGUAGCGCUUUCCAACAUUAAUCUCGAAUUCCAGCGAGGCACGUGUACUGCAGUCGUUGGUCCAUCAGGAGCUGGAAAAAGCACAUUCAUUGCCCUGCUAGAGAGAUGGUACCAGCCAACUUCUGGAUCUAUUCUGCUUGACGGAAAUGAUGUAUCCGAGCUCGGCGUCAAAUGGCUCCGAAAGCAAAUCGCCCUUGUGCAGCAAGAACCACAACUCUUUAAUGCCUCCAUCUUUGACAAUAUUGCCCACGGCCUUGUGGGCACUGAUCACGAGAAUGCUCCCGCCGAGGAAAAGAAGCGGCUCGUUGAAUAUGCAUGCAAUCAGGCCCGAGUAUCCGAAUUUGUGCAGAAGCUUCCAGAUGGUCUUGAUACAAAUGUAGGAGACCGCGCCUCGCUCAUCUCCGGUGGACAGAAACAGCGUAUUGCAAUUGCCCGUGCCCUUGUCGGCCGUCGGCCAGUUCUUCUCAUGGAUGAAGCAACCAGCGCUCUUGAUGGUGAGAAUUCGGAGGUCAUCGAAGCUCUUCUAACUGCAUCCGAGAACCGAACGACAAUUUUCAUUUCCCACAAGAUUGCGUCGGCAAAGAGAGCGGAUCGCGUUGUUGUCAUGGAUAAAGGCACGAUUGCUGAAAUUGGAACCCAUUCCGAGCUGAUGCAUGCCGGUGGUUUGUAUAAACGUCUUCAUGAUGCACAAGUCGAGCUAGAGACAGAGGAGGACACUGUUGACUACAUCAGACGGCGACCUUCAACUCACACCACUGGUGCGGCUGGUGAUGAUGCGGAAACCGCUCAACCAACUGAAGAGCAAACCGAACUUCCCGAGCUGCGAAAACGAUCCAUCUUUGCCAACUUGUGGACAAUAUUUGGCGAACAGAAACGAUUCUGGCAUAUAUUCUUCAUUGGAGCCGCUGCCGCUGUUGUCACCGCCCAGAUCUUCCCGGUUCAAGCCAUCCUCCUAGGCAGAGUUCUGCAGACAUUCCAAAACCCCAUCGACGAAGUACAGUCCCUCGCCAACUUUUGGGCCCUUAUGUUCUUUGUGGUUGGUCUUGGGGCACUCCUGGCGUAUGCCGUCUUGGGUUUCUUCAUGACCCUGUUUGGCAUGCAUCUCACUACUUUUUACCGCCACGAAUACUUCCGAGCUGUUCUCACGCAGAGAAUGGAGUUUUUUGAUCGUAUCGCAUCUGGUGCGAUUGUGUCCCGACUCUCAACAGAUCCAGCAAAUCUCCACGAGCUCAUCUCUGUAAACAUCGGUCUUCUCAUCUCCAUCUUUGUCAGUGUUAUCAGCGGAAGCAUCAUUGCACUUGCCUUCUCCUGGAAGUUUGCCUUGGUCGCCAUUUUCGGCGCUAUGCCCAUGGCAUUCUUCGCUGGUUUUAUCCGCAUGAAGCUAGAUACCACUCUCGCUGAAGCUACCAUCAAGGUGUUUGAAGAAAGUGCUCGGUUCGCUUCCGACGCCCUGUCUGUCAUACGCACGGUCAAGGCGUUCACCAUGGAAGAUACUGUGCGUCGCUCAUACGAGAAUCAUCUGGCUACCUCUAUCGGCAAACUCUACAAGCAAACCGCCGUCAUUACGCUUUUCUUUGCCCUUUCCGAGAGUCUUGAACUUCUGGCUGCUGCGCUGGCUUUCUGGUACGGUGGUAAGCUGCUUAGCGACGGAGAGACUGAUACUGAGAAAUUCUUCACGGUGUUUAUUGCCGUAAUUGUGGGAGGCCAGGCUGCCGGUGCACUCUUUGGAUUCUCAUCCAAUAUCGGCAAAGCCAAGGUGUCGGCUAACAAUAUUUUGGGCAUCCGCAGCGGAAUUGCGACCUCAGGCACGCAAGAUCAACUAUCAGACGGAGAGGACGAGAAGCCAUCGGGCGCGGUUAUUGACUUCCAAAAUGUCUCAUUUUCCUACCCUACUCGACGUGAUGUCCAAGUUCUGAACAACAUUUCCCUUCGGAUACACUCUGGUCAGACGGUCGGUAUCGUGGGCGAAUCUGGCUCUGGAAAGUCUACUCUGCUUGCUCUGUUGGAACGUUUCUAUGAUGUCCAGUCUGGCCGAUUGCAGGUAUUUGGAAAGUCGAUUUCGUCAUACGACGUAGACCAGUACCGCUCGAGACUCGCCAUUGUGCCUCAGGAGCCAAUUCUCUACAAAGGCUCGGUGCGGGAAAACGUUGUUCUCGGUGUGGAUGAGAGUAAGAUUGAAGAUGAGCAGGUGGUUCAAGCCUGCAAUGCCGCCAAUUUGACUGAAUUCAUUGCUUCACUUCCCGACGGUUAUAACACGGACUCGGGCGGUACGACGGGCACAGCAUUUUCGGGUGGCCAAAAGCAGCGUAUUGCAAUUGCUAGAGCCCUCGUACGAAAUCCUGAAGUGCUUCUGCUUGAUGAGCCAACCAGUGCGCUUGAUGCCGAGUCUGAGCAGAUGGUCCGCGAUACUCUUCACAGCAUCCAAGGUGGACGGACAAUGGUCAUUAUUACUCAUCGCUUGAACAUUGUCCGACAUGCCGACGUGAUCAUCGUAAUGGCGGGAGGUAAAAUCGUAGAACAGGGUUCGCACAACGAGCUUUUGGGCAAGCGAGGGCAUUACUUCAGAAUGUACCACUCUUCUCGGGGUGAAGAAAUGUAA